UGACUGCUAGGAGAAUAGGGCAGAUGUGUUUUUAUCACGUCAAGUUUUUGUCGCUUUCUUGACAUUUUGUGCAGUUUUAACCUAUUUGAAACACUGCCGCACAUAUGCAUUGCUGACUGCAACUGUAUACACAUAGGUUAUUUUGGAAGUAUGGUUUGGAGGAGUUGCGUAGUGGUGGCGGUACUCUUUUUCAUAGUUUUAUUUACCGUAAAUAGGGAGAAAAUGAAGACCAGGUAUCGACGGAGCUGGAUAAUGCCUGGAACAUUAUGGUGUGGAGCUGGAAGCACUGCAGAAAACUUCACCAGCUUAGGUGUAUUUUCUGGAGUGGAUCGUUGUUGCAGAGAACAUGACCACUGCUCUCCACAAAUUCAAACAUUUGAAUUUCAGUAUGGCAUUAGAAAUUACAGACUUCACACCGUCUCCCACUGUGACUGUGACCAGAGGUUUAGGCAGUGUCUUCACGCUCUUAAUGACGCCGUGUCCACACUUGUUGGCAUCGUGUUUUUCAAUAUCUUGGAAAUGCCCUGCUUCAGCCUGAGAGAGGAGGAACAGUGCGUGGAGUGGCACUGGUGGGGAGGUUGUAAAAAGAAUGGCAGUGUACCAAAAGCUGAGCUUCAAAAGCCAGAGAUCUUCAACUACAGUAAUCCAGAGGACAGACGCACAUCUAUCCCUAUACCUCACAGCUUACAUCCACACAAUGUUACAUCUCCCCCCCAACAACGGCUAAAUGCUAAGUCAAGGAGAAGGAGGCUCAAAAGACUGCAGAGAGAGCAAUCUAAAAGAGACAAUAAAGGUAUAUUAAAAGACAGUAAUAAAGCAGAAGAAAAACCCAAAAUACUGAAUGUAAAAUCAAAACUGUUCACAAAACACUGACAAAAAAGCAGCAGGAGCUGUAUGAGGACAAUGUGCAGGUAAACAACCAUUUAUUUAUUAAAAUAAAAUACCUGACAGAAGAACAGCCAUAUUAUUGGCAAUAAAGCCACACUGCAAAAAAAUCUUAGAUCAGAUCUGUAAGAAAAGUCUGAGAUUUUGUGAGAUUUCUGAGACUGCAGACGCCCCCUGGUGGCUCAGGUGCUGUUGUGAAAUGCAGCAGUAAUACGCAGGACCCAGUGUAUGGCAUCACAGAAGAUAACACAUGGACGUGGACCUGUUUAUAGAAUACUUUGACAGCACUGUUUUAGUACAUAGCCGGGAAAACUAUCACCUAGAGGAGGUGAAUCCCUGUCACUACCACAUAAU